AUGGCUUUGGGUUCAGAGAAUAUGGUUUAUCAUCAACAACCCACACAAUAUCAACUGCAGCAACACCAUGCCCAGCAGCAGCAGCAACCACUACGAGAAGUUUUAAGAACUCGUAAUGUCAACCACCAAAGAUCUAUAGCACCUGCACCAUAUACAAAACCUUCGGCACACAACAGCAUGUUGGCCGGCACUACCUUGGACUCUAACAAUCCGGCAGUAGUGAAACGCAAUGCUCGUGAACGCAGUCGCGUUAAGCAAGUCAAUGAUGGUUUCUCCACAUUGAGAAAACACAUUCCUACAGCAAUUGUGGCAGAAAUUAGUAAUGGCAGACGGGGUAUUGGUCCUGGCGCCGACAAGAAGCUCAGCAAAGUUGACACUUUGCGCAUGGCCGCCGAAUAUAUACGCCGUCUUAAGAAUUUGAUUGAUGAAGUGGACAGCAGUGAUUCUUCCAGUGUAUCAUCAUACGGAACAACAACCAACUCACCAGUCUCAUCAUAUGCCUCAUCAACCAGUAGCUCACCACCACCUUCUCUAUACAUCAACAACACCACCACCAGCGGCAAUAACUACUACCAACAAUCUCAAGCUCAAACCUCAUUACAAUAUUGUACACCUUUAAGUUAUGCCGGCAGCUUUCAACAACACAAUUUAAUUUCUCCAGCCAAUUCCUGUACUUCCCAUGAAUCCUAUCAAUUCCAUCAUUCACCAAAUCAUUAUCAAUCAUCCGAUCCAUCGACAUUUGCAUUGAAUACACCAAAUACAACUCCCAUUAAGACGGAACCAACGUCAUCAUCGUUCAGUUUUGAUGAUUAUCAACACAACAAUACCAGUUCUGCCUCAUCCACAGACGAUGAAGAACUCUUGGACUACAUAUCCCUGUGGCAAGAUCAAUGA